AUGGCGCCAGGCACAGGGAGCUGCAAGAAGAAGAGAGACACGGAGAGUAGCCCGGUGUCCGAGCUCUCCGACGACCUCCUCGUCGAGAUCUUCUCUUGCGUUCCCUACAGGUCCACAUGCUGCUGCAAGUGCGUCUCCAGGCGCUGGCACGACCUCGUCUCCCACCCGGACCACCGCAAGAAGCUGCCCCAGUCGACCCUCGCCGGCAUCUUCUACCAAAUCCGCAACGAGAAUACAGGUUACCAAAGCCUAUCGGGGAACUGGACACGCCUUGGUCCCAACAAUAUAGCAGACUACGUGGUGUGCAAUCCCGUCACUGAAAGAUGGGUGGUUGUGCGUGCCACCAACUGCUCCAGCAACGCCUCGAUCGCUCGCCUGGGGUUCGACCCAGCCGUCUCCUCCCACUUCCAUGUGUUCGAGUUUGUGCCUGCCAGUUCUGUGGGUGCGAAUAGGCCGACGAUUGCUGGUGCUACCACAGACAUCAAAUCAGUGGGGAUCUACUCGUCCAAAGCUGCAGUUUGGGCACGUCGAGUUGGCUGGAAGAGUCCAAUAUCGGUACGCUGCACUUCAGAAAGCGUGCUUUUCAGGGGGAUGCUGUAUCUGUCUACGAAUGCUGGUUUGGUUAUAGGUUUUGGCGUGGAGGGAAACCGUAGGGUCAUCCGUGCCCCUAUGACACAUUCUGAUGAUGAUGUUCAUAAUGUUUAUCUAUCACAAGGGCAAUUGCAUUUCGCAAAUAAGGGUACUUCUGAACUAUCAAUAUGGGCUCUUGAUGGUUCUAAUGGUGAAAACUGGACCUUGAAGCACCCCACUUGCAACUACUGGGAAUAG